AUGCGCGUCAGCAUCUCUAUGCUCGCGGUGGUCAUGAUAGAAGGAGCCAGAUUAAGUACAGACGCGACCCAGACACUGUACCACAGGACUCGCGACAUCGGAACUGUUGCAGAAGGCUAUAAUGUGCAGAGCGAGGGCGCAGAAGCCUUCUUGAGUUCCUAUUGGAUCAGGAGUCAGCACGAUUUCACUAUUCAGUCUAACGCUGCCGGCAACUCAGUGACUAUAGUUUCACAGAAGCCUAGCGAGCACUUUACCCUCGUUGUACCGCCGCUCAUCGGUACCAACACCGAUACAAACAUUCCCUGGAUUGACAGCAGCACUGCAACACGUGCAUUGUUGAUCACGUCGAUAGCGUUACCGUCUCUAUCGGAGUCAAAUCUUUCUCAGCACUCUGAAACAGUAAGAACCACGAGCAGCCCGGCCUUCAUUGGUGAGGUCAUGACAUCGAAAACGUCUUCUUUGGUGUCCAGAAAUACGCUUUCAUUGACCAUCAGCACUGAUGCCUCAAUCUAUCUCCUUCUGCCAGGUAAAAAAGAUGUUACCACUACUGAGAAGAUUGGUAGAAGUACAUCCGCGCUGGAAUCGAAGGCAUAUGGCCAGGGCUUCAGCAGUUUGUCCACAACAGGCAUGAUUCCAAGGUCAACCAAAUUUAUUCCCUACAUCGCCACAGUAGCUACCCCACAGUCCGUCUACAAGAUUACCUCAACAGUCGCAGUAACUACCGAGGUCUCCGCAGCUACUUCGAUCACCCAGAUUAGCGGCAGUGUCGAUGCAACUAGAAACCCAAAGGGCCAGGAGGUUGGGUCCAAGGCCGGAGAAUCGACAGCUGAAAAGUGGACAGCGAUCGACCAGACUCCUUCUGUUAUAGCAGACAAAACGUCGCUCAGUGAAUUAGCUGGCCAAUCCGUUACCAGUACCAACGCUCCGGAGUUAAACACAAUGACUGGAAAUUCCGUCGCGCGGUCGCGCACUUCAGGUCCUAUUGAUAGUGGUUGGGGGAUCUAUCUCCUUGGAGACAUAUCACACUUCAAAAACUAUCAGCAGGACUGGCAGUGUUGUUAG